AUUUGAAAAAUUCGUUUUUAUGUGAUUGAUAAUAAAAUAAAUGAAAUCAAUUAUUCUGAUUGCCCUCAUUGCUGUGGCUUUCACAGCUAGAGUUUAAGAGAGAAACAUGGCAAAAGUUUAAGCAGAUUUGGCUAAGAGUAAUUAUGGAAAGGCUUUACUUCAUUUGGUAGAGUUACAUGCAAUGGCUGGAGGACCAGUUUAAGAAUUGGUUGAUGCUAUUUAAGAGUUAAUAAAUGAUUUAGAAGAGGAAUUAGAUGAAUUAGAAAUGAACUUUAGAAUUAGAACAAAUGAACAUAAUUCCUUAGUUGUUUCAUUAGAAUAAGAUAUCUAAGAUGCUGUAAUUGGUAAAAAUAUGUAUUAAAUAUAAUAGAUGUAAAUAAUACAUAAGAUACUUUGGAUAAUUUAUUAUAUCCAAGAAGAGCUUAGAUUCAAGAGAAAAUAGACUCAGUCCUUGGAUAUUAAGAAGAUAAUAGAAAGAAUUAUGAUGAAGCAAUCUUAGUUAGAGAAUAAGAACAUGAUGCAUUUGAAGCAUAAGUUGCUGAAUUAAAUGAUGCUACAGCUUCAGUUGAUGAUGCUUUAGCUCUUCUUGCUUCAUUAACUAAUCCAUCAUUAUUAUAAAUUAGAAGAUUCUAAAAUACACUCAAAAAUAUUGAAAAUAAAAUUAGAUCUCGAUCUAAAAUGGCACCAAUGAUUAAGGCUUUGAUUAGUUUAGCAUCAAAUCAAAACUUUUCAAAUUAAGAUGUAUUAAAAAAUAUUGUUGAUGCUCUUAAUGAAUUUAGAAAUGCUGUUGUUGAUUAAAUAAAUGAUUUAACAGCCUAAGAAGCAUAAGACGUUAUUGAUCAUGAAGCUUAUCUUGAAUAAUUAGAUGAUGAACAUCGUGAAUUCUAAAGAUAAAUUGAUAGAGCCACAGUAGAUUUGACAGCUACUAAUGGUAUCAUUAAUAUAAUAUAUUAUUCUAGAAAAGAUUGAUUAAUUAAGUGAAUUCAGAAAUCAAAGAGCUGCUGAUUAAAAAUAAUAUACAGCUGAAUUAGAAUUGGAAAAUAAUACAUAUGCUGAAGAAACUGAUAUCUAUACCAAUACCAAGAAUGAAUUCACUAGAGAAUUAGGAGUUAGUGAGUAAGCUUUAGCACUUGUUAAGAGUGUUGACUUCUCAAACAUCCAAGUUUGAUAAUCAUUCAUAAUAUAAUAAAUAUUCAUUAAAUUU